AUGGCCGACGCACCUCCCCCCACGCCAUCCGAGCUCCUUCGUAUGGUAACCGAGCUUCAACAGGCAAACCAGCAAAUGGCCGAGGCAAACGAGCGUAUGAGAAACGAGAAUCAACGGAUGCAACAGCAAAUUGAGCAAUUAAUCAAUGCUCGCCUUGAACACGGUAACGAUCAUAAUGAACGGAACAAUGAUGAUGAACGCCGCACACAUGUCUCAGAGACACCUCAGGACGACGAAGGCGGAGGUCCUCGGGAUAACGAAAAAAGAGCCGAGACCGACGGAGACGAGCUUGACAACUCCACAGGACCGUUCACAGCAGAUAUCAUGAAUUUCCAACUACCUAGACAAUUCACUUUACCAACGACGCUAACUCCUUAUGAUGGAUUGGGAGAUCCAAAGCAACACAUUAAGAAGUUCCGAUCAAUUAUGAUCGUCAACAGUGCAUCUGACCCUAUUUUAUGUCGCUGUUUUCCUUCUUUUUUAGAUGGUCCUGCACUUGACUGGUUUUGCUCUUUGCCUGCAGAUUCUAUUUCCCGAUUCCAGGAGCUGGCAAAGCAAUUUGAGGAUCACUUUGCAGCAUCUGCGAUAUACCUACAUGAUUCCGACUACUUGACGACUGUUAAACAAGAACCUCAAGAAAGCCUGAAGGACUACAUCACCCGUUUUACGAAGAUAGCAAUGAGGAUCCCCGAUCUCCACCCUGAAGUCCACUUACAUGCCAUCAAAAGCGGCCUCCGCCCGGGAAAAUUUCAGGAGGCUAUCGUGGUGGCCAAGCCAAAGACUCUGGCCGAGUUUCAUGAGAAGGCCAAGGGACAGAUAGAUAUUGAGGAGCUUCGCCAAGCUCAGAAGUCUGAAAGGUCGGCAUCCACUAAAGAGGAUGACAAACCUCGAGAAAAUAGAAAGAGCUUCAAGCCGACACCUCGUUACGAAUCAUACACACAGUUUAAUGCAAAGAGAGAUGAUAUCAUCAAGGAAAUACUAAAUUCCAAGUUGAUAAAACCUCCUCGGAAAGUCGGGAGUUAUCCAGAGCCAAAAAAUGCUGACAAAUCCAAGUAUUGCACGUUCCAUCAAAAGUUCGGUCACACAACCAAUGAAUGUGUGAUCGCAAAAGAUCUUCUCGAACGUUUGGCAUGA